CAUGUUAAACUCCCAAAACAACAGAAAGCAGCAGGAAAAUGAAUUCACGUUUCGUUUCCUUACUUUCUAUAUUAAAAAAAUAACAUACAUAAUACUCAAUAUACAGUAACACCAGUCAUCCUGACAAUCAGUACCAGCCGGCAAAAGAUCAAAGUCAGAUUAACUACCACAGCAUGUACUUUCAACUUGUUGCUUUUUAAUCCUACAGUUGCUACAUUCAGAUGACAGUUUACAUUUUUUUUAAAUAGCAAUAAAUUACUCUAGGAUCGCAUAAACUUAAGUAAUUUAUUCAAAUAUUUUAAUAAAUUAAGUACUUUUUUGUAAAAUAUAAAAUAAUUGUUCGUGUUUAUUAAGCCCGGUUGAAACAACUUCUAAUAUUACUACAGGGAAUUACCGCUCGAAUUUGAUCGUACCGAAGGGUUUGCGCAAUUCAUUUGUUUGCAGAGAUAAAAAAAUAACUGUAACUAUAACUAUAAUUUGUUUUUAUUUGUAAGUGUCUUAUGAUGAAAAAAUAUUCAUAUACUUCAUAUGAAGAUUCUAAAUACGGUAAUUAUAAAAAUUUUGAGAACCUUAAAGGUGCUUCUUUUGGGCGACGUAAAAGACAGUUUCCACCGUACAGUAAUUGGACAAAGGACAUAAAUAAAGUUCACGAUAAGAAGAAAACAGAGGCAUACAAAGGUACGUAUGCUAAAAAGAAAAAAGAAGCUUCUGAUUUCCGUUACGGUAAUUAUCACCAGUAUUAUGGCUAUCGAAACCAAGGUAGUAUUGAUAGCAGAAUUCUGUGCAUGAAAAAAGAAUGGUUUAAGAGCAAAGAUGUAUUGGACAUAGGCUGUAAUGCCGGCCAUUUUACACUAGCAUUAGCCCGAGACUUUUCUCCGAGUUCUAUUAUUGGUAUUGACAUUGAUGAUGCUCUCGUUAAAAUGGCUAUGCGGAAUAUUCGACAUUAUAUUCUCCCGGAAAAUAUAUUAGAUGAAGACUUCCCUAUUUCUUUAGUAUUAAGUUAUGGACCUGUUGCACAAGCUAUUGAUCCAAAAGGCAGAUAUCCAGCUGGUAAUUUUCCUUUUAAUGUCCAGUUUAUUCAGGGAAAUUAUAUUUUAUCAUCCAGUGAUCAUCCAUACAUCAGUGAAGAAGAACCUUAUUUUGAUACCAUUUUAUGCUUAAGUGUGACCAAAUGGAUACAUUUGAAUUGGGGAGAUGAUGGUAUUAAAAGAUUGUUCAAUAGGAUAUAUGCACAUCUUCGACCUGCUGGCAAACUAAUUCUAGAAGCUCAAGCAUUUUCAUCCUAUGCAAAGAAAAAGAAGAUUACUGAAGAAAUAUUUGAACACUAUAAAUCAAUUAAAUUAAAACCUGAGAUGUUUAAUGAAUAUCUUGUAAAUGAAGUGGGAUUUAAAUCCUGUGAAUUAAUAGAUACCCCAGCACAUUCUUCACAAGGGUUUAGUCGACCUAUCUACUUAUUUACAAAAGGAGAUGAUGGAAAUAUACAGAAAGUACCAAAGCAUGUAUUCUAUUACAGUUCAGACAGUCCUUGUGAUGAUUCUGAUGUGGAACAACUUACGGAUUGAUAAAUAGUAGUUUGUUUUUAUUAGAAAAAAAUCUGUAAUCUCUUAAUAGGCGAUCUAUCUUACUCAACUCUGUAGUUAAUUUACACAUUGGUAGGUGGCACCACGAAAGAUGUUUUUACACAUUUUUUCUUCCACCAUUUUAUUCAAAUUUGCAUGAUCAGAUUAAUUAUUAUUUAAUGCUAAUAAUUUUUUAUUUUUGCAAAAUAUUAUUUCUUUUGCUGUGUUUUAUGCUGCAUACAAGGAAACUUUCAUUGCACGAAUAAAAGGGUGAAAUUUUUUUAAUUAGAUUAGCUGGUUUAAAUAUUUCAAUGCAUUACGCGAUAUUAAUAUAACUAAAUGUGAGCCCCUAAAUGAUAUGGAUAUAGAUUGUAUCAUGAUUUUUGCACAUAAUGGUAAAUGAAACAGAUAAGAAAUAAAAUAACACCAGAUUUUGUAUUGCUGUAUGUAGUUGUUUCAAAACCUAUUUACAAACAAUUUGUUGUAAGCAGAAUAUUUAAAAAAAAAAAAAAAAA